AUGACCAACACCAUCCACCGCCGCAUGAGCGACAGAAGCGUCAUCAUCGCCAUCGCCAUCAGCUGCACAGCCGUCGUUGUCAUCUUCCUCGCAGCAGUUCUCUUCUGCAGCUGGCGUUCUCGUCCCAAAUCACCUACUGGUACCCGCGGCCGUGAGCAUGACGAUUCUGAUGCCAACUCUGACAUCGAACUGGAUGCCAUGCCUGAUGGUGCUUUAAACCAUCCUCUUGUGCGUGGGAGCAAUGGUGCGGGACACGUUUAUCCGGUUUUUGAAUUGCCUCGUGAGCGUCAUGCUCAUGCUCAGAACUGA